CGAGCGCUGCUGCUGCGGUUGCAUAGAGUGGCAGCAGCCUGCUGCAGUGCAUAAGGACUCGGGGCAAGAGGACACCGGGGGAGGCGGGGGGGAGAGAGAGGCUGGCGCAGGGGCAGGUUGCGUAGCUGUUUUUCCUGCAUGGUGCCCCCUUGGGAGGGGCAUCUACGGCCCGUCGUUCCCUCCGACUUGUAGGGCAGGGGCAGAUCCCCCGGUGGCUGCGGCGUUCCCGCUGCCGCAGCAUCCGCAGGACGUGGGAGCAGGACAAAGGUUGCUGCCCCGUGUGAGAGGCACAGAGGAGGCAGCCCGCGGAGCAGAGUUGCCAAAUCCCUCUCUUCCACACCUUUGCAUGGGAAGAAUGAGGUUGGAAGAGCAAUGGUGGAAAGGGGAGCUUGCAGCAGACAUUCAUCAGACUCUGAGAUUGAAGGAAUUGAAACUGCCUGUCUAUAAGGCCCAUUCACCUCAGAUUGGGAUGCGCCGCUACUUCACUGAUCUCUUGGGUGUCCUCAGCAGCCGCUGCAGUCUCUGCCCUACAGCACGGCAUCUUGCAGUCUACUUAUUGGACCUUUUUAUGGAUCACUAUGAUAUUACUGUCAAGCAACUAUAUGUCAUUUCAAUUGCCUGCCUUCUUCUAGCAAGCAAAUUUGAAGAAAAGGAGGCUCGUGUUCCCAAACUGGAGCAGUUAAAUAACUUGGUUUACCUGUACAACGUGAACAUGGUGCUAAACAAGAAAGACCUGCUCAAGAUGGAAUUGCUUCUCUUGGAAAGUUUCAACUGGAAUCUGUGCCUGCCAACUCCAGCACACUACAUCGACUACUACCUCUUCGCCUCUGUGGGUGAGAACGACCUUCACAAUGGCUGGCCUAUCACAUCCCUGGGCAAAGUCAAAGCUUUCAUGGAGAAAUAUGCUUACUAUUUCCUUGAUUUCUCAGUGCAAGAUUACGCUUUCCUCAGCUUUCGACCAUCUCUGAUUGCUGCUGCUUGUGUGUGUGCAUCGCGCAUCUGUAUGCAGAUUUCUCCCUCCUGGACCACACAGCUCCAGCUGCUAACAUGUUAUUCCUGGGAGCAUCUUGCCCAGUGUAUCGAAAUGAUGCUAAUAUAUUAUGAGAAUGAUGUCAAAGAAGCCAGCAAGAUGAAAAAGCAAGUGACAUUGCAGCAGCAAGAAGUGGAAAGUAUGGACCACCAAACCACGACUCAGGUCCUGUUUCAACAAUCCAGUUAUCACCCACUAGCCCAGCACUCAGCUACCCUUUCCCAGUUCCAGUCUCCAGUGCAGGAUUUGUGUUCUGCUUACCGUGACUCCUUGCAGGCUCACAGGCCCAGCAGCCUGCUUUCUGGGAGUGUUAGCAGCUCACUGCAUUCUUAUUCUGCUCUGCAGGCCAGCCUUCAAUCUGCUGUGCAGACUCUUCCCCUCCAGGCACCUAUCACAAUGCAGGUGGCUAUAGCAACAGAACCUAGACAUUGCAUCUCCAUGGCCUACGGCAGCAGCUAUUUCAGUGGCCACCACUCAUACACUGCCAGGUGUUUUGACAGAUGACCAUCUAAAAAAGUGAUGAUCUGAGUAAAGUCUGAACAGAGGGCCCAGUGGAAUGUGAGCCAAAUGUGUAUGUGCGGCGAAACAUACUCACAUAGGCUCAAGUUCAUUCAGAUGAUGGGCCUCCAGAUCAAACUUUCUAAUAUGGGUGAUGUGCCUGCAAAGAUUGGGCUUUUAAUGAGACUAAGAGAAACAGAAAUGCAAUAACGUACAUUUUAUUUUAGAUCGUCCCUUUUGAAAAGCAUCUUGUGUAAGAAGUUAUACUCUGUGGGGUUUUUUAGCUUCCAUACUAAAAGCUUCAAUGAAUCAUGCUGAAACUUGUGAUUUAAAGGGUUACUUCAAGCAGGCAUGCUUGGAAGGGCUUCUGGUCAAAUAACAUUCUUGGAGGGUAUUGUUGAAAGUGAGCUUUACCCCAAGGUCUCUCUGAUGGUAGCUUAUCCUACAGGAAACUAUCACUAAAAUGAUGAUACAGAAGCUUCUUGAUGAUAUCUGGGUGAACAAUCCUAGACUGUGCAAAAUCUCUAUGUAAGAUGCUGCUUUCCCUUUCCUUGACUUGGAAUGAAAGCAACCCAGAUGACCAUCAAAUCCUCUUUGCCUUAAAAGUCCUCUUGGAUUUGGGUGCUCUGCCACUGAACAAAACCUCUGUCUGCCUUCAUGUAAAAAAACCUCAAUCUUAAAUCACCUUCUAGAUUUUUAAGCUGCUGCUGCCUUAUGUGACUGGAUAUAAUGUGUUUAGUAAACUUGUUUACAACCUACAUCAGGGAUUUAAUGUUGCUUGAAGAAAACCCUUUGGAAGAAAAUUCUUAUAUAUACACAGAAGGGGUUUACUGACGUCAGUUUAGCAUUUUUGGACUUACAGUUCAGUGGUCGAAGUGAAGUUUAGAACUGAAGAACUUAAUGAGGAUGGGGUGGAGAGGGAAACCAGUGAAUUCUACCAUGAAAGUAGGAAUAGUUCUGCCUUUAUUCUAGGGCUGCAAUAUUAGGCUGCACACAACUUUGGUUUUUAAAAACCAUCUUAGAGCAAUAAAGUAAAACUGGGUUAAGGGAACUAGUCAUUUAACUGCAAUGAGACUGAUACCUGUUACCAUGUAUCCAAAGGGUUAUGUUUUUAAAAUCAUUGACCUAUGUUUGGUUAAAAAGUCUAUGUAGGAUUUGUAUAAUAACGUAAAUAGUUACAAGUAACAUAGAGAAUUUUACCUGGGUGUCAAACACACUCACUUGAUAUGCAACCACCAUUCUGUAGUUGCUGGAAGCCAGUAUUAUUGGUUUGUAAAGGUUCUCAGAACAGCAGUAUAGACAAUGUGCAAUAUUCUUUUAAUCUGACUUGCCAGUGCGGUUUUUUUAAAUACCAUGUUAGACAUUGCUGCUGAAACUAUAUUAUUAGAUCGUUUAUUUUGGGAUGUGUUUGGGUAAAGGGCAAAUCUGUCUAAAAAAUUACCUAAUAUUUGUUUUGACAACAUACUGUGUAUUAUAAUUUUGUGUCACAUAAAGAUAAGUGUCCUUAGGAGAACAGGCUAGGAAAGUUUAAAAUCUAUUUCUUUGUAUUAUUUAAACUACGAAUCCUAACAAAAUUGAAGAGGCAAUGUCAUGCAGAAAUUAGUUUAGCAACUAAGAGGUUUUAGUUCACUUUUUUAUUUCCCUGUUUGCAUAUUUAUAUGAAACUUAUUUCCACAAGGUUUUAGUGUAUCUUCAUGACUGUUAUAGUCAUUCAGCAAAUUGUAAAGUACCUCUUUAACAUAUGGGGAAUAUUGUGGUACUGUGGCAUUUCUGAUUGUGGAAUCCAUGUGGGUUUUUUUGUAACCUUGUCAGAACAGGUCAUGUAACUGUUUAAUGACCAUUGCUACUACGAGCUUGAUGAAGGUUCUCCAAUAAACAAAUGCCCUGCAUCUGA